CAAAACCUUAUAAUACCAUCGUCUCUUUUUACAGAGGUGGCUAGUGGGUGGAUUUGCAGCUAGCGAAAAGAAAUUAAGAAAACAUAUGAUCGAAUAUGGAUAUGGAGACGGGCGCAGAUGUUAUAGCGGUUCCAUUUCCAUUUCAAGGUCACUUAAACCCUAUGCUUCACUUCUGUUCUUGUUUAUCCGCUAGAGGCCUUAAAGUCACCUUGCUCCUCACACAUGGAGUAGCAAAGUCCAUGCAAUUCCCCCUUUCCCACAGGGUCGAGUUAAUUUCCGAUGGCACCGACGUGGGCGACCCGCCGCGCACCCACCAAGAAUACCGCACUCGUCUGCAAGCCGCGGUUUCCGAGGGAGUCGCCGCCGUUAUUCAGAAGCAGAAGCAGAAGGCUAAAGUUCUGGUUCAUGAUUCAAUCAUGCCUUGGCUUUUAGAGGUGGGAAGAACGGGUGGGUUGCGAGUCGCUUCUUUCUUUACAGAACCCGCUGCGGUUUGUGGCAUCUAUUACCAUAUGCUCUGUGGCACCCUCAAACAACACACUGCUUCUGAUUCUACGGUGCGUUUGCCUUCGUUUCCGGCGAUAAUGGACUUCGCCGAUCUGCCUUCCUUUUCAUACUUCGGAGAUAUUGCUGAAGAAGUUAAAGAGUUUACUAUCAAUCGGGCCAUCAACAUGCCCAAAGCCGACUGCUUUCUGUUCAACACAUUUGACUCCCUAGAAGAGCAGGUAGUGAAGUGGAUGGCGGAAAACUGGGCGGUGAAGACCAUAGGACCUUUGGUCCCAACGAUACACAAGACAUUGAAGGGCGGAAAACAUGAUAGAAUUGACCUAUUUGAGUUGGAUAGUGAAAGCUACUUAAAAUGGCUAGACAUUAGAGAACCCAAGUCUGUGGUUUAUGUAUCAUUUGGAAGUUAUGUGGUGAUGUCGGAAGAGCAAAUGGAGGAAAUAGCAUGGGGGUUGGUUCAAUCCAACAAAUACUUCAUAUGGAUUGUUAGAGAAUCUGAAUUAGUUAAACUCCCUAAAGAUUUUAAAUUUAAAACAUUUGAGAAAGGUAUAAUUGUGAAAUGGUGUUCUCAAGUUGAUGUUUUGUUACACAGGGCAGUUGCGUGCUUUAUGACUCAUUGUGGAUGGAAUUCCACACUGGAAGCAUUGUGUUUGGGUGUGCCAAUGGUUGGCAUGCCAUAUCUUGCAGAUCAACCAACUAAUGCCAAACUGAUUGAGGAUGUUUGGAAGGUAGGUAUUCGAGUUAAGGUGAAUGAGAAGGGAAUCUUUACAAGACAAGAAAUUCAAAUUUGUAUAAAACAAGUGAUGGAGGGAGAGAAAGCUAAUGAGUUUCGAAGGAAUGUAGUAAAAUGGAAAGGAUUAGCAGAAGAAGCAACAAGUGAAGGUGGAAGUUCUGAUGUGAAUAUCAAAGAUUUCAUCUUUCAAAUGGCUUAUGGCAAAUGAAGGCAAAAGUUGUUGGUUUUAGGGUUUUCAAGCCCAGAGAAGUCCAACCCAACCGUGGUUGGUGAAUUCACCUUUUAAAUAAGGCUAAGUGAUCUACAAAGGGAAUGAUCGUAAUCUCUUGUAUAUUGUAAUCUUUUGUAUAGCGAAAUGUCAUUUCCCCUCUUAAAGUAACUAAAUAAAUAGUUAUUGCCUUUACCCUCUCCAACUCGCAAAUUAUUCUUUGGAUUCAGGUUCAAAUGUUCACAAUUUAUUUUUUAAAAAUUCACAAUUUGUAUAUUACGAAAACA